UUCCCUCGCCAUAGUCACAUGUUCAAACCCGGUAGUGAAAAGAAGAACACGCUGUUGCUAUUGACUGAGAUCACACCGAGCUGCUCUAACGCAAUCCGGAUCAGUACAGAACCGGUUCAGGUUCCGUUUGUGGUCUCAACCCGUGCAGCGUGACGUCAUGUCGGUGGUCGAGUGUGUACCUGGACAGUUUGAUGACGCAGAGCCGGACAGCGGCCAAUCAGAGGUGUCGGCUAUUCUGCCUCAGAUCAGGGAUGUCACUCUGCAGCCCUCAUCACACCAACAGGAAGAGGACAGUGAAGAGGAGGAGGAGGAGGAGGAAGAAGAGGAUGAGGAGGAUGAUGAUGAUGAUGAUGAAGAGUGGGCGUGGUGUUCGGCAGGAAGAGAUCUGACCAAGAGAUACAACAGGACGACUCUCAACUGUCAGGCCAACCGACAGAAUCCGUCCAAUAAGACGCUGCCUUCAUCGACUCCAUCUGAUAAAGCUCUGAGGAAAUAUGAACACAAGAUAAACCUAGAUAAACUGAAUUAUGCCGACUCAGUGAUCAAUAAAGUGAUGACGAUGCAGAAGCAGAAAGACGCUGACACGUACAGAGUGAAGGACAAGUCAGAUCGAGCCACAGUCGAACAGGUUUUGGAUCCUCGGACUCGAAUGAUUCUGUUUAAGAUGUUGAGUCGAGGAGUGAUUUGUGAAAUCAACGGUUGCAUCAGCACAGGGAAGGAGGCGAAUGUUUAUCAUGCCAGCACCUCAGCAGGAGACAGUAGAGCCAUCAAGAUCUACAAGACCUCCAUCCUGCUGUUCAAAGACCGAGACAAAUACGUCAGUGGAGAGUUCAGGUUCCGUCACGGUUACUGCAAAGGAAACCCCAGGAAAAUGGUGAGAACCUGGGCGGAGAAGGAGAUGAGGAACCUCAUCAGGUUGCAAACAGCAGGAAUCCCAAGUCCAGAACCUCUGCUGCUCAGAAGUCACGUUCUGCUGAUGAGCUUCAUUGGAAAAGACAACGUGCCGGCUCCCCUGCUGAAGAACGCGUCAUUGUCUGAGUCGAAGGCUCGUGAGCUCUACCUGCAGGUUCUGCAGAACAUGAGGAAAAUGUUUCAGGACGCCCGACUCGUCCACGCUGACCUCAGCGAGUUUAACAUGCUGUAUCACAACGGAGACGCUUACAUCAUCGAUGUGUCACAGUCGGUGGAGCACGAUCAUCCUCACGCUCUCGAGUUCCUCAGGAAAGACUGCAGCAACGUGAACGAGUUCUUUGUGAAGCGCGGCGUGGCAGUGAUGACAGUCAGAGAGCUGUUUGACUUCAUCACCGACCUGUCGAUCACCUGCCACAACAUCGAUCAAUACCUGGAGAAGGCGAUGGUGAUUGCAGCUGAGCGGACGUCUGAGCAGCGAUCAGAUCAGGACAGAGUGGACGAGGAGGUGUUUAAGAAGGCCUACAUUCCCCGGACUCUGACGGAGGUGAGUCACUACGAGCGAGACGUAGACCUGAUGAGGACAAAGGAGGAAGACUCGGCCAUCACCGGACAUGACGAUAAUAUUCUGUAUCAGACGCUGACCGGACUGAAGAAGGACCUCUCUGGAGUUCAGACGGUUCCUGCUCUCCUGGAGGAUGAGCACUCCUCAUCAGAGGAGGAGGAGGAUGAAGAGGAGGCAGAUCAACAGGAGCAGAGUGAGGAAACCCCAGUGGACAGAAAGGAGAAGAAGAAGCUGACGAAAGAAGCUCAGAGAGAAAAAAGAAAAAGUAAAGUACCGAAACACGUGAAGAAGAGGAAGGAGAAGGUGUCCAAGAUGAAGAAGGGCAGAUGACUUCCUCUUUGUCAGUGUGGACUUCCUGUGUUCGACCCCCCUGUAAUGAAAGAACAUGAACAUGAACCCAGACUGAACACAAACAUCACUACUCGUCCAGCAGCUGUCUCAACACAACAUCCACUUACACACCUUUUACUGGAGCUUAAAGACCAAGAGAUGCGGUUGAAAGCUCUGGAAGAAGCUUCAGCAGCAGCUGCUCCGAUUGGUUCAUAGCCAUCCUGGUGACAUCACCGCUUGCUGCAGGUUUGAAAGUGUGCUUCAGUACAUCAACAACAGAGAGAAACUGAUCGAUGAUUAAUAAAGGUUUUAAUCUGACAGUU